CCUGACGCUUACACACACACUUUUGUUCUGCUUAUACAGUGGCGUUUGGAGAACAACACGUACUCAGUUCCAGGCCGGCCUGAAUGAGUGACUGUGUCCUCCGUCCUGCCCAGAGCCAUAAAUCAUGCUGACAGUCUGUGAGAAAAACAAAGCUUUUUCCUCAAGAUGCAGACAGAGAAGGACGCUCCUUCCAAAGGAAAAAAGAUCUACCACAUUUUUUCACUCGUAUUCUUUGGCUUCUUAAACUCAGGUGAGGUGGGAGCCGUGAACAUGACCAUCCCUAACGCUCUGAUCAGAGGAGCGGUCGGGGGGGAGGCCCUCCUGUCAGUCCGCUACAGCAGCUUCAGCCUCGACCUGCCGGUUAUCAAGUGGCAGCUCCAGAGGGAGAAGACGGUCACCGUGGUCCAGUCCAUCGGAACUGACAUCAUUGGGACCCUGAGGCCUGAGUAUCAAGACCGGAUUCUGGUGUUUGAGAACGGGACUCUGCUUCUCCACAACCUCAGACUGUCUGAUGACGGGACGUACGACGUGGAGAUCUCCAUCACAGACGACAUCUUUACUGGAGAGGGAAGCAUCACACUCACUGUGGAUGAGCCUAUAUCCAGGCCGUACAUCCACAUGGAGGCCUCAUCCAUCCUGGAGCUCAGUGAAAACUUUGUCCUUAACUGUUCUCAUGAUAACGGGACCAGAACCACUUACAGGUGGCUUAAAGGUGGGAAACCCCUGGCCAAUGAAACACGGUUCAUGUUGUCACCUGAUCAGAAGUACCUGACCAUCAGUCGAGUGUUGAUGACUGAUGAGGAUAUCUACAGCUGCACUGUGGAGAACCCUCUGGGCAACAUGACCAGCCUGCCAAUCAGACUGGCCGUGUACAGAAGAAGCUCAGUCUACAUCAUGCUUUCCACUGGAGGAAUCUUCAUCCUCAUCAUGCUGGUGACAGUGUGCGCAUGCUGGACUCCUUCUAAAAAAUCAAGACAGGAAAUUAGAAAGUCCAGGAUUUAUGGUCAUUCUCAUCAUUCACAGCUUAAACAGAAAGAUGAUGUGCUUCCCAAAAUGAGGGAACAAAAUGGCAUAAAAGCAGUAACUUCCCUUUACGUCCUCCAACAAAAGGAACCCUCAGUGGACGACUUGUCCAGCAACAGCAUUGGGUCUCUUUCUGAACUGGACAGCCCUCCAUCCUACACAACUUUCCCCAACUACACAAACUCCCUUGUCCGGUCAGGUGGAACUCAAGUUGGCUCCUUCACAAAGUGUGUCUGAAACUUCAGAAACUGUUCUUCACAUCAAAUGAAGGUUCAGGGGCCUCAUGCGUGAAGCCUGCGUGCGCACGGAAAAUGUGCGGCGUCAUAUUUUACGCACAAGUUUAGUUAAAAAAUUAACUUUGCGUCAAAGUUUGCAUAAAUACUUUUUCGCAAUGUGCGGCAGCCAUGCCAACUUUUACUGUGGACGACAGCAAACUGCAAUGCAUCCAAACUCACCUAAAUGCACUGAAAUCUGACGACAUAUUGAGACCAAGAAGCAUCAAACCCGAUGUUUUGCAUGAUUUUAAUAUUUCAUUGUUUAAACUUAAACGAUGAAACUGAACCGCACUUAUGCUCAGACAAUAAACUAACACGCACACAAAAUAAAGAAAAUGAAAUUUCAGACUAAGCAUAAUGAAAAUCUAAUCAUUAAAACAGAAAAUCUACAGAACUUGCACAAGAAAAACAGGCAGAUUAACUAAUUAAUUCUGAAAUAUUAAUAAUAAACUUUAUUUAUAUAGCACCUCCCAACAGCUCCUUGCAUUGACCAAAGUGCUGUACAAAGUAAAAUAAAUAAAUAAGAAAGUUAAAAAUAUAUAUGACCACAAUAAAAGAAGGUGAAAAUAAUAUAAAAACAUACAGCCAGUGAGGCUAUGUACAGAGGAAAUGUUGGAAUGGUGUAUAAUGAACAAAAAUUAAACUACAUACUAACACUGAGAGGAUAAACCAAAAUACAUAGAACAGAACACAAGAAGGUAAUAAAUUAAGAUGUGCACAGAGUUUGACCCAAUAUGGAAAAACCUAAAUAAAUAUAAUAUAUUUAGCAUAUUAUCACAACGUGUUCAAAUAUUUUCCACAUUGAGGCUCAUCUGAUGAACUUCUGCUUAAAUGUCAACAGAGACCCGUAGAGUUCAUUUUGGUCAACAUGGCAUAAGCAACUCAAAAUGUGGGGAAAAAGCAGAGAACUGCACACCUUCACUUGCAUGAUGUAAAAACGUACUGGCAACUGAGAAGAUGCUGGGAAACUGGAAGAUGCUCAUAACUUGAUUUGGUACCUAACUCUGUUUUCAGACGUUGGUCUACAUGGUUUAUCUCUUAUGUUCUCUAAAACAAAACCUGAGUCCAGAAACAUGACAGUUCCAUCUGUUUGCUAUUAAGGUGCCUUUAAUUGGUUGCUCAUAGUUUGUUUUAUUUUAAUUAUUCAUCUUUCAUGUAUGUUCAAAUUAUGCACUACUUUGCAUUUCUCUAUCACAUAAAUUGCACAAAAAUAGGCUGAGGUUAGUGGUCAUAAUGUGAUACAAUGUGAAAAAGUUUAAAUUGUAUGAAUACUUCUACGUUUAUGGCUCUCUUUGACUGUAUCCUUCAGCUUUUCCUUAUUACUAGUUCCUGGAAAACUGCAGUAAAAAGCUCAGACAACAGGAACACCGACUCUAAAAUUACACAUUUCAGCAGAUUUCAGAAUUACAUUUGACAAGUUCUAACAUUCCUACCAUCCAUCUCCAUAAAGGUGCAGUCUGGUCAGUAAGAUAAAGACAUUUAUCAUUUACACUUCUCUAGUAUGUGUGACAUAUCAUGUUGUGUAUGAGGAAAUUCAAAACUUUGUAGUGUCUUUGUGUUAAUACAAAUUUUGAAAUAUGUGAAGCAAUGUAUGAUCGUGAAAAAGUUAGGACACCACACAAAGGGAUAGAGAUCAGGGCUUUGACUAGGUUACAGUUUUGAUCUAGUCUGGGUCAAGGUCUAAGUUAGAGUGAAUCUUAUUGUGUCCUGAUUUCUUCCCAGAUGGAAACUAAUUUUUUUUACUACAUUUUAUAGAACAAAUUUAAAGGUAUUCUCUUCACUUUUUUUUUUUUACUAUAUUGCUUAAAUUUCCCAGUAUUGUUAAAAUUGAUAUUAAAUAUUCAUAUGUUUUCACAUGACUGCAAUUUGAAUUUUAAAAAUAGUUAAUUAAAACUGAAUUUAAAAGAGAAUUGUAUUUUUGUAUUGUAUUCUGUAUUAUUUCUUUCUUUUUAUGAACUGAAUUUCUUUUAAAUCUACUUCAGGUUGUUCUGAUUUUUUUUUAUUGUUUUUUUUUUAAGUGAAUCAAAUGUAUUAAUCAGCCUUUUUGUGUUUUUUAAUUUUCUUUUCUAUCCCCCCAUUCCUUAACAAAACACAUGUAUACACUGCUAUUCACAAGUUUUUUUCUUUCUUUCUCUCCCACACUGUUCUAAAUUGGUAUAUGCUUUGUUCAUAUAAAAGAGAAUAAAAAAGACAGCAAAUGAUCAGUUUAAGUUAUAACUCUGUAUUGCUGACUGAAAAAAUAAUAAAAAAGUGAAGCAAAUCAUCACGCUUUAGGAAAUCGUAAGAAUGGGAAACAGAACGGGGCAUUUCUUAAGUAUGUAUCUUGUAAUAUAGAUAAUUGACCUGGUAAUUAUUGCACUAUAUAUUCAUUCUUGAUGUGUACAGAAAAUGCACAGAAGUCACAAUUAUUUGACAAACCUUUUCUGGCUCUUUUGUUUCAGAGAAACGCGCAUAUCGAACAGAUGCUGGUUUUGUCCAAAUUCUUUUUGCAAUAAACCCAAAGUCAUUAUCCAACCUUAUUGCAUUUCUACAUUUCUCUUUUUUUUUUUUUUUUUUUGUCAAAACGCUAUAAUCUGAAGCAAACUUAGCCAGGCACAUAUGAUUAAACAUAUCAUUUGGCCUAUUCUUCGGUCAACUAAUCCAUUCAUCCGCAUGUCUUUUGGGUAAUAUCCGUUGAUGUAGCUUUUUGUUUCAAAACAGAAAUGGGUUAACUCAUUUUCACAAUAUUAUCACCGCAUGAUGGCAAUUAUAUAGUAGUAUCCAAUUAAAUUCUUGAAUGAUAUAGGUUGUUGCUAUGCAGUUGUACAGUGUUUUAAGACCUUGUUCACUGUGCCCUUUCUUAACUUUGAGCCACUGCCCCUCCAAAAGGUCUCUGCACGGCCCUGACAGACGACCACGGUUCCCAACCCCAAGGACAAGAGUCAC